CUUGUGUGCUACAAACUGUAUAAUCGAAACUGUUUUCUUACCUAUGGAACAGACCCUGCAAAAUAAUGUUGGCUUCUUGAAAGGCCUUGGUGUAGAAGAGGCGGGUGUAGGCUAUGAGAUUAUGCAAAACUAUAUUUUGGUUAGUGCUUUUUUUCCGUAUAUUAUAUUUGCUGCUUUAACGAUAAAAUUGCUAAUGGGCUGCAAACUACGCCACAUAUGGAUUAUCCUAGGACUACUGUUAAAUGAGGGACUUAAUUACGUUUUGAAAAAUAGCAUCAUGCAGCCAAGACCUCCUAAUUCGUUUAAACAAGGAUAUGGCAUGCCAAGCGAUCAUACGCAAUUCAUGGGUUUUUUCCUCGUUCAAGCGUUGUGGGAGAAUUAUACCUUUAAAAAACAGAACCUAUUUAUACAAGCAUCUCGGUUCUUUGUUAUCCUUUUAAUGUCAGUUGUAGUUGGAUAUGGGCGAAUUGUAAUGAACCUCCAUACAACCCAGCAAAUAAUUUGCCGGUUACGUCGUAGGUAUAACAAUGAGCAUUUUUGGGUUUGGGCUAUAUGCAAAACUUUUCCAAUGGUCGAGUUCUAAACGAAAGACUUGCAUAAAAAAAUGGCAUAAAAAAUAAACGCUUUUUCAAUAUUAUAAUUUUUAUUUAUACGUAAUAAAAUACUCUUAAAGCAUUUGAUUGUUUAUGCAAUCUA